GGACUCUAAAUGAAAGAUUAAUUUUAUUCAGCGAGUGAGGAGGAGAGAUACACUGGGUCCACUGGGAAGCUUUUGUUUUUUUUCCCCUUCAUUGCAAUGCUUGUUCGUCCUCUUCAAUAUCACGGAUUCACUCUCAGGUUGUUACACAUCCUGUGGCAUCUGAGAAGUCGGACAAUAAGCUGGGUAGUACUGUAGUAUAUUGAAGCAACCAUUGUUUUCUUUUUCUUUUCUUCGUAAUGUUUCCGUGUAGGAAAUGAAACUGAUUUGUGAUAUUGGUAUUGAAUAAAAUGGGAAGCUAACUUUUGCGGAGUCUAUUUCCAGCGAAUGGGUAAUUGGUUCCUGAAGAUAAAAUUGGAUCGGAUGGGAUGUAGAUACAAUUGGAUUGAAUGGGUUAAUGGGAGUGGUUGAGAUCCAAGAAGAGAUGGGUUGGAGAUGAGAGUUAGCUGUGAAUUCUGCCUACGUAGCAGACCAUUUUCCAGGAAUCGAAACAAACAAUCGGAGCAUACCUUCUCUCUCUUUUCUAUCUCCCCAAAACAAAAAUCAAAGCCUUUGAACUGUGGAUCAUAGAAAAUACUCUUGUUGGUAUUGCCUCACUGCAGGAGACUAAUAUUACUUGGAGACUAACCACGCUAUUCACCAGAUUUCCGACCGGAGGUAAUACUGUAUUGGGUAUCCUUUCCAUCAUUUAGAUGGAUGUCGGUCCAUGAGUUAAGUCAUCCUUUUACUUGAGAGUGCCAAUGUCGGGCUAUGCCCAUCAAGCGGAGAGGGAACAUUCCAACCAGAGUCUUUCAAGUGGAAGAGGUUCAGGUAUGGAAAGCCGUGAUGUGAUGGAGACAGGGUUUUAUAUGACACCUUUUGCUGCAAUUAUUUUCAUUGCUGCACUUGCGACAGUCGGGGUUUUGUUGAUAACUUUGCUUGUUGCAUUAGCAGUAAUGUUGCAUUCCUGUGAAAAUCGGUGCACAGGAGUUGUUGGUACGUCAAAAUCAUAUGAAAAUUACAGUUACUGCAAGAUCUUUACUCUGCAUGCUGAGCUCAAUAAAGUGGAUGUUAGUGAUUUCCCUGAAAUCUGUAAGAUUACUGCAUUUUAUUACGUGAAAGAAGGUCAAUACUUGAGAGAUCUAAAUCUUACAAUAGGAAUGGCGGAAGACUAUUUUAACAGUGUUAAGCCACUAGAGGAUGGUCUGGACUUGGUGUUGAUGGACAUAGAUGACUUCUUCCCUUCAAGUACUCAUUAUGAUGAUCCAUUGCAGUCUCGAUUCAGUCUUCUUGGUUGUGAGGAUUGCCUUAGAGAGGCAGAAAAUCUGAAGCACAAGUUCAUAAGGAAAUUGUACACGAAACUUCAAGAGGGUGGGUGGCUGUUGGUUUUGUUCUCAAGGAAACCUGAGAAUCAACGGAAUGCCAUCAUAGAGCACCUUAUUUCUGCUGGGUAUGGUGCUUGGUCUUCAUUGGUUAUGAGAUUGGGCGAGGAGCUGCAAAUGGAUAGCAGUGAACAUCUUUCAAGACUAAGAAACACGCUGCAGAAGCAGGGUUUCCGCAUAAAAGCUGUAAUUAGCAGCCAGAUGGAUGCUUUUACCGGCCCGCACUCAGGGAAGCGAAUGUUCAAGCUUCCGAGCCUCAUCUAUCACAAUACAGAUAAUUAUAAUCUUGUAAGCUAAAAUCUGCCUCAAUAAAAAGAAGGAUAUUGCAGGUGGAGAAAUGCUACCAUAUUACGUCAUUUUUCUGAGGACGUGUCCCCUUUCUACUCCAUGCAUAUAUGUCCUCAUUGGAGCCAUUACAAAACGUACAUUCUAGUCAACCUUAAUUCUUGGAAAUUCUGAAGUUUUUACAUUCAGUAUUGUUUCGAGUACGAGGGACAAUCUGUGAGUUGCUUUCUAUAGAUCUGGUAGUCUCACAAUUGGUUGAGGUCUGCUUCUGUGUCAAAAGGUUUGUAUUAUAGCAUAUUAUGAGAACAAGUGAGUGUUGUAUUUGCUGGUGGAAAUAGAUGGUGCCAGGAAAAAUUUCUUUUGUUUGGAUACCGGAAUGGCUUGAAGAAUGGCAGACAUUAUUUC